CAUUCAUCCAUGCAACUAAGCCCCAAGAUAUCCCCAUGCAAGUUUAGAGCCGCGAUACAAGAGACCCAUCUUUGCGACUCUGCAAGACACAAGACGGAGCAAAAGCAAGAGCCCUUGAAUAUUAUGCGAGCCUCAAGCCAUACGCACCGAUAGCGGGCAACGACGUCUGUGAAACUGUCUGGCGGUUUUGCCGCAGUUGACUCCAACCACCGUCACAAUGACUGGCCACGAGAGAAGCGUCUUGGUCCUGUACGGAUCCGAGACGGGCAAUGCUCAAGACAUAGCCGAAGAGCUUGGCCGGCUGUGUCAGCGGCUGCAUUUCAAGAGCCAUGUCGAGGAGCUCGAUGCCGUGGAACUCAGUGUCUUGCUGCAGCACCAGCUCGUGAUAUUUAUCAUCUCAACAACUGGCCAAGGCGACAUGCCUCACAACUCACUUCUCUUCUGGAAGAAACUCUUGCGGAAGAAGUUGCCCCCAAAUUGCUUGAGUCGGCUAAAGUAUUCCUGUUUUGGUCUUGGCGACAGCACAUAUCUCAAGUUCAAUUGGGCCGCGAGAAAGCUUGUUCGCAGACUAGACCAGCUUGGUGCUACCACAUUCGUCGAUAUAUGUGAAGCAGACGAACAGUUUCCAGAUGGCAUUGAUGGUAGUUUCGUAAGAUGGGCCGACGACCUAAGAAAGCACCUCCUAGAGCAUUAUCCGCCACCCUCAGGCUUAGAGCCAAUACCCGACGACACCAUGCUCCCAGCUCGUUGGUCUUUAGGUCCAGCAUUAGCAGACCUUUCAGAAAAAGUCCAAGUUGUCGAUUUAUCUCCUCUCAGAUUAAGCGACACAAAUGGCACGCUCACGGCGCCAAACUUGCCUCCCCCCGGGCUUCUACCCAUCCCCGCCGGAUGGACAGCGACACUGACCAAGAAUGAGAGACUUACUCCAACGGAACACUGGCAGGAUGUUCGCCUUGCAUCAUUUGACGUCCCCGCCCAUCAAUCAGGUGGGAAAAUUCAAUGUGUUCCCGGAGACUGCCUUACGCUGUACCCAAAGAACUUUCCCCACGACGUCCAGAAGCUGAUUGACCUUAUGGACUGGAACAACAUCGCCGACCAACCACUUAAUCUAUCUGCUUGCGAGUCUCUCCCGCGUAACCUCUAUGCCCCAGCAUGCUGUACGCUCCGCGACCUGCUCCUCAACAAUAUCGACAUCACUGCCAUCCCACGUCGUUCUUUCUUAAAGAACAUGUCCUACUUCUCUACCGACGAAUAUCAUCGUGAGCGGCUACUCGAGUUCACCAUGACAGAGUACAUAGACGAGUACUUUGACUAUGCCACACGAUCCCGCCGUAGCAUUAUCGAAGUCCUCGAUGAAUUCACCUCUGUCAAGAUCCCGGCCGAGCGACUCCUCGAUGUCUUCCCCUUAAUCCGCGGCCGUGACUUUAGCAUCGCCAACGGAGGCAUAUCAGCAAACCACCCUUCAAACAACGACACAACCAACGUCGAGCUUCUGGUCGCCAUGGUGAAAUACCGUACCAUCCUGCGCAAACCCCGAGAAGGCCUCUGCUCUCGCUACCUCGCCAGCCUCCUCCCCGGCUCAACCCUGCGCGUCUCCUACAAACCAGUCCUGUCACCCAUCCAUGGCACCGCAAAUUCCCAGCGGCCGCUUAUAGCCAUGGCCACGGGCACCGGCGUCGCGCCCGUCCGAUGUCUCAUCCACGAACGCCUCACACAUCCCAGCCCAGCACCCAUGAUUAUCUUCUUCGGCAACCGUAACCGUGCGGCCGAUUACUUUUUCGAAGACGAAUGGCGCACGCUGUCAGAGGUGGCGGCAAAGAAGAACACCCAACUCUUGGUAUUCACGGCGUUCUCGAGAGACCAGCGCGAGAAGAUUUAUGUGCAGGACUUGGUUCGCCGGGAAGCACCGCGGCUGGAGAAGCUGAUUCCCAAAAGGGCUAUUUUUGCCGUCUGUGGAGGCUCUUCCAAGAUGGCCGAUUCAUGCAAGCGUGCGGUCUUUGAUCCUUUUGUCGAAAGCGGAGAUGAGGCGGCGAGGAAGGAGAUGUUGGAAGCGAUAACAUGGUGGCAGGAAAUUUGGUAGAUAAUUUGUGUGAGAAUUGUCAUAAAUUAAAGGAUAGACUUGUAUAUUUCGGCGUGUAUUAAAAAAGAAUAUUGGCUAUUCUUGCUUCACUCUCCAAUAAUUGGAUACGCACUCUGCCUGGAUAUCAUGAUGUAUAAUGCGAAAUCUUAAACAGAGUGGAAAUACUCUUCUUGUUAUAAGAGAUAUGCCUAGUAUUAGCAAAAGC